UUAGAUAUGCCAUUAUAUUCACUUAUCGAGUACCACGACCUUAGCGGCUGAACAAAGCCACAUAUGUAAGUGUGGCGCCUCAUCUGCUUCCAUGUAACUAGAGAAGUACAUGUGCUAUUUAUUGUACGAGUGUGAAGAACAGUCCUGCCUGUCAGAAAAUUUCGGUCUGUUUGAUGGCACGACACAUUUGUUCCAUGAAAGGCAAACUAGACCCCUUGAGACGUCCUAGUUAUGGAUCAGGAUCACAUCGAUAGCUUACUGGAGCGCUACCUCCACCUACUCCACGAGUACACAUCCCUGAGGGAGGAGCUCGCCGCGUUGCAAACGGGCAUGUACCAGAACAUUGCGCGCGCCAAUUUCGCCGCUGAGCGAGGCGUGAGGUUCGGCCAGGACUACUACGAUGAUCGCAUGCAAGCAUCCAGAAGAUUAGCUAUCGCCUAUAGUAGCCAGGUCGGAGCCUCAACCAAGGAGUCAAGCGAGAGCCAAAGUGGUAGGCAUCCAGUCGUUCUCGAUGACAGCGUGGCGAGCUUCACCGUUGUUAAUCCUACGGCUAUAUGGCCCCCGGCCUCAGACGUGGAGGGCCCGGAAGCCACUGGCGAGGAUAUAAAUUCACAUCCUGUUCAUCGCCCUGGGGCUGGAGACGAUGGAUCCAUAGAGCAGAGCGCCACCAAAUCGACAAACACAGAAUCUCACAAUGCUCCGAUGCCACUUCCAGAAGUGGAUGUAAACGUUCAGCCGUGGAAUCACACCAAAACCACCGCAUCCCUUACUGCAGUAGCAGGAAAACAAGCAACCACACUAAAAAUGCCGAGUGAUCCACUCCGCUGGUAUGGACUCCUUACCCCUAUGUCCCUGCGCCAGGCCCAGACGCAGAGCAUACGCGCUGUUGAGCACGUGAUUCCGCGCCUGGUUUCUCUAGACGUAGAGAUGGCGGGUGUUGAGAUCGAGGUGCGCCGGGCGCGCAAGAGGCGUGCGAAAGCCGAGGCGGCAGCGGGUAAAAACUCUCAAUAGGACAACAAAUGGUGAAUCGGGCAAUGAACGGAUUGGCAGCCAUCCUUACAAGUCAAGCGCAUGUUCCAGAGGAACGACCUCGUGAUCUAUGGAGGCAAGUUUUUACGCACUGACUGGCCUGCGGCGGCUGAGUGAUGACAUAAUUUACCAGGGAGACCUAGAUUAGAGCCUUCAACAAUCGUUUGGAAGUACGCAACCCGUAUCGGAAAAUAUCACAGAACUGGGUUUUGCAUGUGCAAGCUAUAUGUUACGGUGACCCAUCUCAACGGGAUUG